UUCAAAUCCUUCAAUACCAUGUCCAAAUAGGAUUAGUCACACCCAAUAUAUCACUCUCCUCUUUUUCCACGAGGAGCAUGGUGCUUUUGCAACAGGCAAACUUUGUCAUAUCUAGAGGUCCCCCUUGUGGCUACAACAUCUUGCAUUCUGUUAAAUAUCCAGCCCCAUAGUCAUCGGCAUCAGACAAUCCCAAAGCAGCCUUUCCAAAAUCCCAAGGACCUUUGCCACUCUCUCAUAAGACCAUUUCUCGCUCAGCGGCAUGGCAGACUCUCUGUGCCAUCUCCCUCCUAAGGCUUCUUCACAAAAAGUCACAGAGCGUGGCAAAUGGGACAGCAAAAAGGAGUUCAUUCUGUCGGUGGCUGGUGCUAUUAUUGGACUGGGAAAUGUGUGGAGAUUUCCAUAUCUGUGCUACAAAAAUGGUGGUGGUGCCUUCUUCAUUCCUUACAUCCUGUUCCUUGUGACCUGUGGCGUUCCUCUGUUCAUACUGGAGGUAUCCCUGGGCCAGUACACCAGUCAGGGAGGAAUCAUGUGCUGGAGAAUGGUCUGUCCCUUGUUGGAAGGCAUAGGAUACGCCAGCCAAAUUAUCAUUUUCUAUGGCUGUAUCAGCUACGUUGUGAUUUUAGCCUGGGCUUUUCUCUACUUUUUUGCCUCAUUCUCUGCUGAGCUGCCAUGGGCCACAUGCAAUAACACAUGGAAUACAGAUUCUUGUGUGGUAUUGAACAACUUUAACGCCACUGCUAACUGGACCUCGCCUGUGAAUGCAUCGUCGUCUAUACUAGAGUUUUGGCAACGACGAGUGCUGAAUAUCUCCACUGGCAUAGAGGUAUUGGGAAACAUACAGGGGGACCUUGCUUUGUACCUUCUUCUGGCAUGGGCCCUCUGCUACUUCUGCGUCUGGAAGGGAGUGAGAUCCACGGGAAAGAGAAAUAAAGACACAUUGAUUGUGCAUUGUUCCUUUUGCAGAGACUCCUUCUAUCUUUGCUUGUUAAACAGCGGGACCAGCUUUAUAUCUGGAUUUGCCAUUUUCUCAGUUUUGGGCUACAUGUCACAAAAACAGGGUGUCGACAUUGCUUCAGUUGCCGACUCAGGCCCCGGCCUCGUGUUCAUAGUCUACCCACAAGCUGUGACCCUUCUGCCGUUUCCUCGAUUCUGGUCGAUGUGUUUCUUCAUCAUGAUCAUCUUGUUAGGAAUAGAUGGACAGUUUGUUGGGCUUGAAAGUCUCAUGACCUCUCUAUCAGACGUCUACCCAUCCCAGAUCCGAAAAGGAUAUCGCAGAGAGCUUCUUCUGCUGCUGAUCUGUGCUGUCUCCUAUAUGUUAGGCCUCGUUUUGGUGUCACAGGCCGGAGCAUACAUUCUGUCGAUAUUUGAUCACUAUGUAUGCAGUGGUCCCACUCUGCUUCUGAUGGCAAUCUUCCAGUCUGUAAUUAUUGGAUGGAUCUAUGGUGCUGACCGCUUCUGUGACAACAUUGAGGACAUGAUUGGGUAUAAACCUAUGUCCCUGUUAAAGUACUGCUGGAUGUAUGCCACACCUCUUAUUUGUAGUGGCACACUUGUGUUUAUGCUCCUGAAAUACACCCCUCUGAAGUUCAACAACUCCUACGUGUAUCCUUGGUGGGCAUACUGGAUCGGCUGGUUCCUGGCCAUGUCAUCUCUCUCGAUGAUUCCUGUGACCAUGGUCUGCAAACUGGCCAAAGAAAAAGGAACUCUCUGGCAGCGUAUCAAGUUAUGCUCCCGACCUGCAGAUGAUCUUACAAUGAGGACAACGACAAAUGCAAGCAUCAGCGCCUCCCUGCAAGCCCCUGAUACUGGACAAAACAUCAAAGUGUAAUAAAAUGCCAUUUCUCUUUUUGUUUUAUAAUCUUUUUUUGUUGCAUUUCAAAAAUAUGUAGAGCAGAUUUUUUGUAUGUAGCCUAUGUGGUGGCGGUGUGUAUUGGUUUCCAGAUUUUUUUUAAAAGCGGAUAUCCGAAUACAGUAUACUAAAUGUCUAAUAUUUGGAAUUGUUUCAGAUACUGAUUGUACAUACUGUACUAAAUAGAGUUGCAAACUAUUUUCAAAUAUGUGCUUCUGAAAUACCUCAAAUCUUAAAAUACAAUAAUGUUCUGAAUGUUUUAGCCAAUUCACAACUUUUACAUUAUUGCCUUCUGUAAGUAGGGAAUCACUGUAGUUUAUUACUGUUCACAUUCACAUUAUCAAAAGGAAUUUACUGAAACUUUGAAUUCAUUAAUAAACAUCCAUCACAGUGAGCAAAAGGAUGGUUAAACGUAAAGUGCUGCCUAAAAUGUGAAAGUACGAAGACACAAGAGUGCUGAAUUACAAGCAUGGUGCUUAUAAAGGGCCUUCCUCAAUUCUAGUAAUUCCUUUACUAAAGUAGAUUUCAAAUAUUUCUCUAUAACAAUGUCUAUGAGAUUAACACAAAAAAACAAUGAUAUAAUCAAUGUUGUUGCAUUGUUGUAUUUUAAAAAAAAUUUAAAUUGGGAAAGUUAAAAAAAAAUGUUAAAUGUAAGAUACUGUGUGACUUUAGGAUAAGUAUCAGUGGCAAAGUAGACUCAACUCAGGGGUGCACUUGGUGUCUUUGUGAUCAAAUGUGCGGAAGUCUCUGAAGGUCCUGACAACAUUAACAUUAUCAGUAGUGCUGACGUUGAUUUAUCAGAAACAAGUCUCUUAGCUCUUACAUCUGUGAUGUGACCUUGACUACAGUAAAACAAACUCAUCUCAUUGACUAACUACAUUUUCUUUGAGAUUUAUACUGAUUUAAGAGAAAUGUGUGCUUUUUCCUGUCUUAUACUUCAUAUAAUAAGCCAAAUAAAUAUACUUGUUCAUGCUGUUAAAAUAAGUGUUCAACUACUUGCUGCUUGAAUUUUGUAAUGCAAAUCCUUUUGUGCCUUCUUUUUGUAGGUAUAGUAUUUUUAUUGGAAAACUGAAUUUAAAAAAUAUAUAUAACUUGUCUUUAUACAUGACUUUACAUUUCUAC